UCUAGGAGUGGUCAACAGAUGUACUAUGGACAGAGAGGGUGUGGCUAUAGUUACUGCUGCUGAGUUUCACCUGAGAACAAGCUUCACCAGUACUGAAACACUGCCGGGCCUCAAAGGACAUACUUUUACUUUGGAUUAUUCUUUCACUUUAAGGGUUUUAAUGGAGCCUGUAUUCACAAGUGUGAGGAUAAAAGUGGCUGUGCUGUUUCUGAUAACAUUUCAGCUGAGGACAGAUGUGACAGAGGCGAUGCAGGUGACAUCCACGGGGCCACAGACCAUUCAAAAGGCCCAAGGGGAGACAGUCAACCUGGGAUGCACCUACACCCCCGGCCCCCAAGACACAGGAGACCUGGACAUUGAGUGGUCCAACGUCAGCCCGGACAUGACGCAGAAAGACCAACUGAUCUUGUCAUACACAGGGGGUCAAAUGCACCAAUACGGCGACCCCAGCCUCUCCAAAAGGCUCAACUUCAUAGGGAACCCCAAGCAGGGAGACGCUACCAUCUCUGUCUCUGAUGUGAGGCCCUCAGACACAGCCACCUACCAGUGUAAAGUCAAGAUGGCGCCGGGUGUCGACAUGCGAAAAGUCACUCUGGUGGUUAUGGUUCCCCCAUCGGUGCCAAAGUGUUGGGUUGAAGGCGGCGAGGAGAAAGGUAGCCCAGUCUCCCUCCGCUGCAAAUCCUCUCAGGGAUCCACUCCUCUCAGUUACGUGUGGAGCAGAGAGAGUGGGGGUGCAAUACCAUCCACUGCAAAACAAAACCCACAGACUGGGGAGCUUUUGAUAAUGAACCAUACAGACAGCAACGUUGGAAGUUACGUGUGUGAGGCAAAAAACGCUGUCGGCAAAGCACAGUGUAGAUAUGCACUGAAUGCAUACAACCCUACCAACAAAGUGGGUGUCAUAGUUGGGGCAGUGAUAGGUGCCCUCUUGCUGCUGCUCCUCCUCCUGCUUCUCAUCUGGCUCCUGAUCUGCUGCUGCCAUAAGCGCCGCUAUGAGAAAGAGGUCGCAAAUGAAAUAAGGGAGGACACCCAGGCCCCAGAGAGCAGACCCACCAGCAGAAACUCCAGUUUCCGCUCAGUGUUGGGGUACCGCACCCACCCCGGGGUGCAGUACAGCUCUGUGAGGAACCACCUGCCCACUGUCAGUGAAUCAGGCCACAGUGCUGUCCACACAAGCGGGAGUAACGGCACAUCACAGCCAACCACUGCAGGGGGAAAUCCUCCUCCCCUCAGAUACGAUCAUCGAUAUGGAUAUCCUGUGUAACUACAAUCCAGAGUCCCAGUCUUUUUUAUUUUUAGUAUGAAACUAAGCCUUCUGAAGAAAAUACUUUUUACGUUAAAACAUCUUGUAAAGAAUAUGCUAUGUAAAGUAUGUAUAUGACAAAUGGUGCAAUACAAUAUAUUUAAUUGGAGAAUGAUGGGAGUGCUGGUAUACGACUACUGGGGACUCGUAAAAUCUUACAUCAGCCCUGGGACAAACAUAAAUGUACAACUGGCAGUUUUUCAUAAUGCACUGUGGCACAUUAUUACUAUUGUAAACAACACAAAUAGGUUCUCAUAAUCCAAGUCAUUAUUACACUGAUUUGCUAAAUCUGUAUUUAAAAUGUAUAUAUCAAAAAACUUUUAUUUUUAUUGGUUCUUUUUUUCUAUGACGCAUAUGUAGCUCAAUCAAGUGACUUUUUUUAAAACGUGUACAAUAAAACACUUUUGAGCUGACAAAUCAAUGAGGAGAGAGUACUAUCUAAAUCCCAGCCACUGAGCAUUCAGAUUGUUCAGAUCGUUGUGCCAUGGCUCCAUCUUUUAUUGCCUGAUGAUGAUCUGCACUGACGAAACAAUAGAAUCACAUUAGAAACACAUCUCCCACUCCCAGGAUGCAACUACUGUUAUGCUCUGAAAAAGAUAAAACUUAAUUGAAUGAGUUGUAUUUUGGCAUCAUAAUGACAUUGGACGUUUUGUUUUGACAUGCAAAAUUAGGUAUGAUUAUAUAAAACCAGUCAAAUUAUCUAUAUGGUGGCAGGUUCAAAUACAAGUUAAUUAGAGGUUCAUUAUGUUUAGGAGCUUGGAGAGUGCAUUAACUAGGUGUUAAGUUCUGAUCUUAGAGCAUAGACAUGGUCAGGCAAACAAUCUGUCUGUUUUCAUAGCCCGCUGAUGUGAGUCUGGCUAUUUAGAGGGCUGUAUAAUAUCAUAUAAAUUCAAACUUUGAGCUGCUUAUGAGUCAGAAUAUUGGGAGACAUUUAAGUCAAUUUUGCCCCUGAUCCUCUUAUGUGCAUUUGCCCCCAGGAAAAAUGUUUCAUUUGUAGAGCUGCAGAAGUGCUGCGAAAUUGCCUUGUUUGUGUUGUGUGUUUCUCCAUUUUUUGCAAAGCAGCCAGUAAACCAGUUAUUAGUCUAACAGCUACUAGUUGAGGCUCUAACCUGCAGCUGCCACUCUGAGAGUCCAGAGUCAGCACUAUGCCCACGGCCCCUGGCUCUCGUCUUUAUUGGCCUGAUCCCAUCUUCAAAAGGUGUAUGUUGAAUUAAUAAGGGCUGCAAGAAGUGGUGAGGGUCGGUGGGCCCUUGGUAAUAAAUUCUGCCAAGGGCCUCCUUAAGGACAGGUGCUGCCGUGCACUAAUCUGUGAAGGCUGGGCUAUAACAGUGUUACUGUUUCAAAUCAUCAGAAAUAAAAUGCAUCAAAAUUAGACUUUGAAUUUCAGACGCACUUCCCUCACUUUUAAAUGAGCUUUUCUUGAAAAUGUCACCAGCAGCACUUUAGUUUGCAUUUGCCCCGCACAGCAAACACACACGCACACACAUGUACUCACAAAACAUGUUAACUAUUUACCUCUGCAGUGUUUGACUUACUUACUUGUUUGCUUCACAUGAAGACACAUUGAAAAUGGUCAACUUUUGUGUGCACAUGCCUGUCUGUAUCUUUUUGUUUGCUUAAUUCAAAUUAGUAAAGAAAUGCACAUCCAUCAGAAGGACCAGUU